GUGGGAACUGUUCCUCUGCAGCAAUGGGUUGGCUUGUAGUAAGAUUAGCAUUCUCUGUGUGUUUAUUGUAUACUGCAUUAGCGGUAUUUGAAGAUCAAGUUGGAAAGUUUGAUUGUGUAUUCAUGCAGAGUUCUUUUGGAAGGAUUUGGAAACUUAUAUUGAGGGGAAAUUGUGAUGCGUGUUGAAAAUUAGUGUGUGUGCUGUGCUAUUUUAUUUUAAAGGAGGCAACAAUUUAUUGGCAAAGUGCUCUUUGCCUUGUUUGAUACUCAUUCUCAAGCAUCCAAAAAGCUUCUGGUGGCAACUGACAAAAACGUGUUUGCUUCCCUCAAUUCUAGGACUGGCGACUUAUUCUGGCGCCAUGUGGAUAAGACUGGACCAGAGGGCCAUAUUGAUUCGCUUCUUAUGCAUGGACAAGAUGCUGUAGUUGUGAUUGGGAAUGGGCGUCUGCUUCGCUCCUGGGAGACCACAGUUGGUGGCUUGAAGUGGGAGACUGUGCUUGAUACUGGAAGCUUUCAGGCCGCUGCUUUAGUUGGAGUCCAAAACUUUGUGAAGUAUGUUGCCGUGCUUAAGAAAACAGCAAUCUCCUUUCAUGACCUUUCCAGUGGUAGCCAGAUAUGGGUGGAAAACCUACCUGACAGCGAAACUGUUCAGUAUCAAACCAUUUAUUCUGGAGGGAAUGGAGUGGUGUUUGUUCUGGGAGUUGUCCCAAACUCCCAUAUUGUUAUUGUUGAAUACAAAAUUGAAGAUGGAGAAAUCAUGAAUAAGAAAUCAGUUGAAGCAGCAUGGAUGUCAAGCUUGGAGAGCAGCUGUGCAGUCAUCAGCUCAGGGAUUCUCUUGUGUGUGGACCCAAUCACACAGUCCCUUUACACACUGCUACUGCAGUCUACAGAACAGAAAGAUAUGAAACAGAUCCACCUCCAGACUCUGGACUUGGAGGUAGCGUCUGGAUUCCAGCCUGUUCUGACAUCCACUCAGCCCAACCCUGCGCAGCCUCCUCUAUCUGAGUUCUUCCUGCAGCUCAGUCCAGAUCAUCACAUCCUGCUGCAACUCAAAGAUGGCCUCAUUGCUCCACUCCGAGAUUUCUAUCCAUCCAAUCUGGUUGCUUUUGCCACAACCGGAGAGAAGACAGUUGCUGCUGUGAUGUCACCAAAGAAUGACACUGCCUGCAGCAUCAAUCUGUUCAGUGCUGACACAGGACGGAGACACCUGGACACCACCAUUAUCUACCACAUGGACCCCAAUGGAGGAAAGCCAAACAGAUUGUAUGUCCACGCCUUUCUGAAGAAAGAUGACUCUGUGGGCUACAGAGUCAUGGUGCAAAUGGAAGAUCUUACCCUCACAUUUUUACAACAACCUGGCAGGGUCGUCUGGACGAGAGAGGAGGCCCUGGCUGAUGUGGUUGCCAUGGAGAUGGUUGAUCUGCCACUCACUGGAACGCAGGCAGAGCUGGAGGGAGAGUUUGGAAAGAAAGCUGAUGGCCUGUUACCCAUGGUUCUAAAGCGUCUAUCUUCCCAGUUCAUCCUGCUGCAGGCUUGGUUGGCCCAUCUCUGGAAACUCUUCUACGAUGCCCGGAAGCCUCGGAGCAGUGUGAAGAAUGAGGUCACCAUAGAGACCCUGUCUCGGGAUGAGUUCAACCUGCAGAAAAUGAUGGUGAUGGUAACUGCCUCUGGGAAGCUCUUUGGCAUCGAGAGCAAAUCAGGAACUGUUUUGUGGAAACACUUUUUAGAAAACAUCAAUCCCAACUCUGUUUUCAAACUAAUGGUUCAGAGGACAACUGCACACUUUCCUCAUCCUCCACAGUGCACACUUCUUAUUAAAGAUAAGGACACAGGUCUUGGAAGCCUCCAUGUCUUCAAUCCCAUUUUUGGUAAGAGGAGUCAUACUAGUGUCCCUGCCUUACCCAGACCUAUCCUUCAGUCUCUAUUGUUGCCGCUCAUAGACCAGGACUAUGCUAAAGUUCUCCUCCUUAUUGACGAUCAGUACAAGGUCACAGCUUUUCCAUCUACAAAGAAUGUUCUCCAGCAGCUUCAGGACACAGCAUCCUCCAUAUUCUUCUACCUAGUUGAGUCCAGCCAGGGCAAACUGUCUGGUUUCCGUCUACGCAAGGAUUUGUCUACAGAGCUGAUCUGGGAGGUGGUCAUCCCAACUGAGGCACAGAAGAUUGUGGCUGUCAAAGGAAAACGUGCAAAUGAACAUGUUCAUUCCCAGGGCAGAGUAAUGGGAGACCGUAGCGUGCUCUACAAGUAUCUGAACCCUAAUCUUCUAGCUGUGGUAACGGAGAGUACGGACACCCAUCAGGAGCGUAGCUUUGUGGGAAUCUUCCUCAUUGAUGGUGUGACUGGCCGUAUUGUGCAUGAGGCAGUGCAGCGGAAGGCCAGAGGACCUGUUCAUUUUGUGCAUUCAGAGAACUGGAUGGUGUAUGUAUACUGGAACUCCAAGUUUCGUAGGAAUGAGUUUUCUGUAUUGGAGCUCUUUGAGGGAGCAGAGCUCUAUAACAGCACAGUCUUCAGCUCCCUGGAUAGACCACAUCCACCUCAGGUGCUACAGCAGUCGUACAUUUUUCCUGCUCCUAUAAGCACUUUGGAGGCCACACUGACAGAAAAAGGCAUCACCAGCCGACACCUCCUUGUUGGGCUGCCAUCAGGUAAUAUUUUAUCCUUACCAAAGAUGUUCCUGGACCCACGAAGACCAGAGGUGGUCUCAGAACAGAGUCGGGAGGAAAAUCUCAUACCCUAUGCCCCAGAAAUGCCAAUUCGAACAGAAUGGUUUAUAAACUACAACCAGACUGUAUCAAGAGUAAGGGGUAUCUACACUGCCCCCUCUGGCUUGGAGUCUACUUGUUUGGUGGUUGCGUAUGGUCUUGACAUCUACCAGACCAGAGUGUUCCCCUCCAAGCAAUUUGAUGUCCUUAAGGAUGACUACGAUUAUGUACUUAUCAGUAGUGUACUCUUUGGCCUCUUCUUUGCUACCAUGAUCAGCAAACGUCUAGCAGAAGUCAAACUGCUCAACAGGGCAUGGCGAUAAUCAUGAUGGCCUGUUGACUUCACUCUUGCAUACACUGCAAUGUGCUUGACACAUUGAUGGCAGGAGACUAGCCGGUGACCAUGUCAAAACUUCAAGAUCAUUUGAUAAGUUUUGUGUGUUUUUACUACCAGCUGUCCCGAGGAUCUUGUGUUUUGAGAGGAAGUGCAUAAAUGGCUAUGAUAGUUUUCCCCUUUUCAGAAAGACAUUAUUGAUGUAGGUUUUAAUAUAUAUAAUAUAUAU